CCAGCGGGCAGUGUUCAGCAACACGUCGACCUAUCAGUACAGAAUGCUGGCGGCUCCGUCGGAGAGGGACGAGAGAAAAUUUACCAUUGAGGUCAUCAACUUCACCGUGCAUUCUGUCACCAAGUACGUUGUCCGGCUGGCGUCGCGGUCAGGGGGCGUUGCUUUUCUCACGGUUAACUUCAUAUUUACAGGUAAGCUGGCUCAUUGAAAGGAAAAUAUUUGAAGUUAUUCUUCUACAAUACAUUUUAAUUAUUUUUUUUUACUUCUUUGUUGUAAGACUUUUUAGCCAUAGUGAUCCACACAUAGAGUGUUUGUAUUGAAAGUGGUAAACUAGCAAUAAGGGGGGGGGGGAUGAAGGUAAAUGUUUAACGGCCUUUAAUAUUUUUAUGAUUAAUUAUUUGCGUCAGUUUUGGUAGAGACUCCUCGAAAUACAGUAGAUAUCUGGUCAUUCAAUUAUAUAUAUAUAUAUAUAUAUAUAUAUAUAUAUAUAUGAACACAUUCAGAUUUUUUUUUUUGUUUCUGACAUCCGUCCGUCACAAUGGUCAAAUCUAAAGUUCUGGAGUUCCUCACCAAAGCUCAGUCAAGCAAAAAUAUCACCAGCACCUGGUACUCGUUAACCUCGAAAGACAAUUCAUCGAAGAGAAGGAUUUGCUCUGAUUUCAAAACCCGGAGAUGGAGUCCCGGCUGACGAGUACCAUCCACCCCGAGGAUUUUUAGAUGUUUUUGUAGAUGCCUGACUGGGCUUUGGUGGGGAUUGAACUCGAGACAUCGACCUUGAGAUUAGAUCAGUCUAGACAUCUCGCCCACCCAAUUAUAGAUGUGGCGUUUGCAAAUUGAAAUGACAUUAUCACAAGUAAUGAUUAUCGAAGUAUGUAUGGUAUGUCAAGGCUUUAAUUUUGUGUUCAAUAGCGCGCAAACAAAACUCCCGGAAGUUAGCACUAAUUGUGAUUCUUGUUAAAAUGCGUUAUUUGAUGCAUGUUUUAUAAAGUUGAAUGGCAUUGCCACGCCAUUGCUGGUUGCUAUUUUUAAUACAGUGUGUUAGUCCAAAAAUUAUUGCUUUCGAUUCCCCUGUACUCUGCUUUGUUUCAGAUCUGUUGUCUAGUCAAAUUUUAUUGGUUGACUGCUUGGUUUCAGAUCUGUUGUCUAGUCAAAUUUUAUUAGUUGACUGCUUUGUUUCAGAUUUGUUAUCUAGUCAAAUUUUAUUGGUUGACUGCUUUGUUUCAGAUUUGUUGUCUAGUCAAAUUUUAUUGGUUGACUGCUUUGUUUCAGAUUUGUUGUCUAGUCAAAUUUUAUUGGUUGACUGCUUUGUUUCAGAUUUGUUAUCUAGUCAAAUUUUAUUGGUUGACUGCUUUGUUUCAGAUUUGUUGUCUAGUCAAAUUUUAUUGGUUGACUGCUUUGUUUCAGAUCUGUUGUCUAGUCAAAUUUUAUUGGUUGACUGCUUUGUUUCAGAUCUGUUGUCUAUGGUAAUGUUAAAGCUUGACAUCUUUGUUUCAGCUCAUUUCUCUAGUGUACUUUUAUGUGAACACGAAAUCGACCACCACAUUGUUAACGUACGAUUGAGCAGCACAGCUGUUAUCCACUUGUGCGUUCAGUCAAACAUCGGACUGGGGGAGUAUGUCAGCAUUGAUUCUCUUCCUUGUCCCAUAUACGACGCUAAUCGGACCGCUAAAUAUGGGAUCAGCGCUGACGUCAUUAACAGGAAUCGGCCAGAAGAGUACCACAUGCAAGUUUUCAUACGGAACAUAACUAUGGAAGACAUCAGAACGACCAAUCUUACUAUAAAGCCAUCAAGAGAUGUUGAGAUUAAAAUAACUUUUUCACUUCAACUCAAUGCAGGCAAGAAGAAUAGGAUUUCUUCAUUGUUUAUUAAUAUCCUUAUUAUCAUGUAAUAGAUGAAUUUAGUUUUGCCCAGUACCACCAGUAAGAAAACACUAUACAGGCUAAAUAUAUGCCAUUAUUCUUCAAAAAAAGCAUCUACAUAAUUUGAACAUGACUAUCAUACAACAACAUACAUUCUACACAAAAAAAAGAAUAUUUAUUUUACUUACAAAUGCUUCUAAUCAACAACAUAAGUUUGUAAAAAAAGAUGAGGUGGUACAGGAAAGUUAAGAGCAAUAUGGCACUAGUUAUUAUAUACGUGCAUUGUAAGUGAUAAUAAUAAACAAAAUUGAUGUCAUUUCUCAUUUAAGCUGUGUACCCUGCACCCUGCGAUGACCACGUUACUAAGAUGUAUUUCUUCGCCAAACCGAGAGAGAAUGUUUCUCUUCAAUUCUGCAUCUUGACCAAAGAAGUGAUGCACUACAUAUUUCUCAACAACAUUAGUUUCAGCUUGUUCAAUGGGAAUACGCAUAGUAAAAUAAACGUCUCGUACACCAUGGAGCGAACUAAACGGGAACGUGUUCUGAUUCAGAAAUGUCACAUUAAUAUAUUGAUUAAUGAUGUUGACUAUGAUAACUUUACAAGAUAUGAACUAAUUAUACAGUUCAGUGAAAGCACUUGGAAACACACGUUUUACUUGGUCGAUGAUGAAUGUAAGGCUUAGACCUUUUGAUCAUUCAAUCAUUAAGCUUCAACUUCUACGUUUUAAAUAAUUCUAAAAUUAUGUUUUAGCUCAAAUGUCCUAUUGCAAAGCUCUAAAAUUUUAAAAUGAUGAUAAUAAUAUUAAUUUUUUUUUUAAUAUUUUAACGAAACUAAAUUUUAUUUUAAAGAAAUAAAGUAGUAGUUAAAUUAAAAUAGUAAAUGGAGUAUAUUAAUCUUUAAUAAUGCCAAAAAUAAUUUUAACUUGGGAUAUUUAAAUAUACGCUCAACCAAAAAUCAUUGUUUUAAAGAAAAAGACAAUAGGAAGAAGAAAUGUAAUGACUUUUGCUGAAACGAUGUAUCCAGUGCAACUCAUAUUGAUAUUUUUCAGUAACGGUACCUAAUCCCAUUCCGUGCAAAGAUGGGACGAAUGAAUUAAUUACCAUAAAGACCAUUCACACUGACUUCCUUUUCUGUAUGAGAGUGUUUGGUGUAAUGGACAGCCACGUAAUUAUCAAUCAAAAGAACUACCCCAUAGAGUUACACAAUCGAGACGGCAAGCUUGUGAUACAGCAGCACUGGUCUUUAACGAAUUUUGUUUGCUACCUUCACAUACAUAUCAACGAUAUUGUCAUUAGUGACUUUGGAACGUACAAUAUAAGUGUGCCGUCCAUGGCAAGAAACCACCAAUUUACUUUACAAGAGGAAAACGGUAAUAAUGUAUUAUGUUAGUGUGAAUAUUCGUCAUUUCGUAUUAUCAGAGUUCAAAGCUACUUCGUUACUCUUUGAUUUCCUAAGGGGUAUACUACUGAGUAAAGUUAGUUUACAGUCAUUGUUUUACACGUUUCCUUUCUUUUUUUCUACCUGAAUUCUCGUCGUUUGUAAAACAUCUGCAUUAGCUUCCAAAAAAAAGGACGUUGUUUUGAAUUUCACACCUAAACCUAUACGCUAAAUUUGCACACAAAAGAAAGUGAUUAAACAAUAACUUUAAGUUAAACUGUCUAAAAGUAAUUAAUAAACUAUAUAUUAUACAAAAUACCACUUCCAAACACUAUUUUUUAUCAAGCAGCUGUUGUAAUGGGAUUAUAUGCUUUUAAAUAGUUGCAUAUAUGUAUGUGUCAAUAUAGUAUGACACCGCAACUAAUUCAGACGUCUGUAUUGAAAAUGGACAGUUUUUAUUUCCGCCCCCCUUGUCCGUACUAAAUUUUGCGUCCGUAUUUGUCCGUGCUUUCCCAUUGUCGUCCGGCUUGUCCGUUCUUUUGGCAGCGGUGACGAUUUACUUGUUUUAUUUCCAUUUAAUUUUUGACAUCUUCUUUCUCCGCAAAGGUCAGCGCAGUGAACAGUUUCAGCGCAAAUCGUGCGGAACAUUUCUCGUUAAGCUAAGAAUUGACUGCUGAACCUGAAUGACUCUGCGUGAGACUGUCUGCGCGUGCAAAUGAAAUCUUCCCAGGGGAAGUGGUUGAUAUAGUUAACUUAGGUGAAACACAGGUAAAAAGAAUGGCGGUCGCAAAACAUUUCUGUAGAUCAACAAAUGGGUGCAACUACCUCAGCAUUUCAAAGCAGAUGCUCUCUGUGGAAUUGCAACUACUACUGCUUGAGUUUUCAUUCAGCCUUCCUGGUACAACAAGCACCUUUUGAGCGAACUUUUUCUCAUGUAAACAAUGCUUGAAUGCCUGAAAAAUCGCCGCUGAAAGCAAUCACUCUGAGAGAUAUUUUGAUUGUUCGGUGUAGCAUUGAUCCAUUGUGUCCUGAAUUUAUGAUAAGCUUCUUGAGAAUGGAAAUUUGUUAAAAGAUAUGGAUGAGUUUGCAAAAUAUUUACAAUAGUUUGUAACAAAAUGAUGUACAGAACGAUAUUAAAAGUCAUGCACAACACAACAUCAUUUUUUUUUUUUUUGAGCCCCCUCCCCAGGGGUUCGUCACCCCCCCCCCUUCCACCCCUGCCGCUUUUUGCUGUGAGCCUUUAUUUCCGUAUUUGGCAUCCAGAAAAUCUGGUUAACUUACUUUGUUUCCGUAAUUGGCAUCAAGAAAAUCUAGUAAGCCUAACUUAGUGUGUACACAUUUUAUAUAACUGUAUAUAUUGGGCUAUCCUUUAUUUUAACACCCCCUCGUUACAGAUAAGCCAUCUCUCCAUUUGGUUUUCCUGGUGUUUGUAUCGUCUUUUAUUUUUUAUUACUAGUAUUUUUAAAACGGUAUACUUAUUUUAUGCCAACCACAGAGUUCUUACUACACAGUGACUUUGUCAAUAAAUGUCUACCCGUACCAAUGCUAUUACAAAAAUUACCAGUGCGUCUGAAUCAUUCUACACAAUUGAAAAGUUUCAGUGCAAACGUAGCGGCACUUGCACGUGUACUGCAGAAGCUUAUCUGUAGAAUUGGCAGUCUGUGAGAAAACAGUAUCUUUAUCGGUCUUUAAUUUGUUUUAAAAAUCACCUUAAAUUGGAUGUACCGGUAUUAAUUUAUCAAUUUUUAUUUGGAGAUUAUUUAAAGAGUGAUGAUUUAGAUUUGGUUAUUACUAGAGCUGAGAAGUGUGCUGACACGCUGCCUGUCGCCUUAGCAUGAAGCCAAAACGCUAAAAUUAUUUUUAAUUUUGAAGAAAAAUAAUUUACGAAAUUUUAAAAGCGGGUGUCGCAAAAAAAAACAAAAAAAAUGUGGGGAGUAUUCCAUAAAAACGCACCUAGUUCAAAAUGGAGUAAAAUUUCGCCAAAAUAAAUGGUUCGGGAGUCCGAUUGUAUGGCCUAAAAGAGUAUGUUUGAUGAACAAUUUGGUAUAGUAAGUACCUGAAACAGUUACUUUCAAUUGCCAAAUAAUCACAUUUACUUUAACUUAAACAAUGACAUGAAAAUUGUAAUUUACUGACAACAUGUAGGCCUAUAUUUAUUAGUUUUAAACGUACUUCUCCCCCAACUUUUUGUUUAGCUAUGGCUUUUUGAAAUAUAAAUUCCAGUACAAUACCCGGUAUUGAAAAUUGCACAUGAUAAAAUAAUUGUUGUUUUUUUCCUAAGGUAAAAUCAAGUUAUGUGACGAAGAAAUGAUCUUCCUUGAUUACAAGACAUCGCUACAGGAAGACGCCAUCAUACAUCUGUGUAUACAAGUGUACAGCUUUGAACGUGUCACCUUGCACCUGAACGGGACUCUUUUGUCGGAGAACUCUACAGACAAAUUCAGCUUCCAGGUUUUCGGCACCAUUGUUGAGUCAAUGAAGUAUCACAUACG